AGGGGUGAGGUGGCUCACGCCUGUCAUCCCAGCACUUUGGGAGGCCAAGGCGGGAGGAUCACUUGAGCCCAGGAGUUCAUGACUAGCCUGGGCAACAGUGUGAGACCCCAUCGCUACAAAAAUUUAAAAAUUAGCUGUGUGUGGUGUUGCACACCUAUGUUCCCAAGGCUGCGGUGAGAGGAUUGCUUGAGCCCGGGAGGUUGAGGCUGCAGUGAGCUGUGAUGGGGCCACUGUAGUCCAGCCUGGGCAACAGAGCAAGAUCCCAUCUCUUUUUUUUCCUUUUUAAUUUUUUUAUUAUACUUUAAGUUUUGGGGUACGUGUGUACAACAUACAGGUCUGUUACAUAGGUGCACAUGUGCCACGGUGGUUGGCUGCAUCCAUCACCCCGUCAUCUAUAUUAGGGAUUUCUCCUAAGGAUCGCCCUCCCCUUGCCUCCCACCCCCCGUCAGGCCCCAGUGUGUGAUGCUCCCCUCCCUGUUUCCAUGUGUUCUCACUGUUCAACUCCCACUUAUGAGUGAGAACAUCUGGAGUUUGGUUUUCUGUUCCUGUGUCAGUUUGCUGAGAGUGAUGGUUUCCGUCUUCAUCUACGUCCCUGCAAAGGUCGUGAACGCAUCCUUUUUUAUGGCUGCAUAGUAUUCCACGGUGUCUAUGUGCCACGUUUUCUUUAUCCAGUCUGUCAUUGACGGGCAUUGGGGUUGGUCCCAAGCCUUUGCUAUUGUGAACAGUGCUGCAGGUACACAGUGGUUGAACUAAAGUGCACUCCCGCCAACGGUGUAAAAGCGUUCCUGUUUCUCCACAUCCUCUCCAGCACCUGUUGUCUAACCCCCAUCUCUUAAAGUUUGAGAGGAAUAACGAGAAUGGCGGCAAGGCCGUGGGUUCAGCUUUACCCCCAGUGGGCUGUGCGUCUUGGGGAAGUCACUGCCUCUCUCUGGGCCGUGAUCUAAGUGCAGGGGAGGGAUAAUCCGCCACUUGGAAGGGUGUUGGAAGGAUAGGGAGACUCAGCGGGGCGGGGGGGCGGGGCUGCGUAAACUGGACAGCUGGACUCUGGCGCCAUGGACACAAAUGCCUCAUUCUUUCUCCCUCUCUCUUUCAUUCCCAAUCUGCCAGUGGAGAGAGCCCCGAGCAGGAGUGCGUCUCCCUCGCCCCCCGAGAGUCUGGUGGAGGAGGAGCGACCGAGCGGCCCCGGUGGUGGUGGUGGGAAGCAGAGAGCCGAUGAAAAGGAGCUGCCGGGACGUUAUGAAAGCGACGAAGAUAAGAGUGACUACAACCUGGUCGUGGAUGAGGACCAACCCUCAGAGCCCCCCAGCCCAGCUACCACCCCCUGUGGAAAGGCACCCAUCUGUGUUCCUGCCCAUCGGGACCUGGUGGAUAGUCCAGCCUCCUUGGCCUCAAGCCUCGGCUCACCACUCCCCAGAGCCAAGGAGCUCAUCCUGAAUGACCUUCCCGCCAGCACUCCUGCCUCCAAGUCCUGUGACUCCUCCCCACCCCAGGACGCGUCCACCCCCGGGCCCAGCUCGGCCAGUCACCUGUGCCAGCUCGCUGCCAAGCCAGCGCCUUCCACAGACAGCAUCGCCCUGAGGAGCCCCCUGACUCUGUCCAGUCCCUUCACCACGUCGUUCAGCCUGGGCUCACACAGCACCCUCAACGGAGACCUCUCGGUGCCCAGCUCCUACGUCAGCCUCCACCUGUCCCCGCAGGUCAGCAGCUCUGUGGUGUACGGACGCUCCCCCAUGAUGGCAUUUGAGUCUCACCCACAUCUCCGAGGGUCAUCCGUCUCUUCCUCGCUACCCAGCAUCCCCGGGGGAAAGCCGGCCUACUCCUUCCACGUGUCUGCAGACGGGCAGAUGCAGCCGGUGCCUUUCCCCUCGGACGCACUGGUGGGCGCCGGCAUCCCUCGGCACGCCCGGCAGCUGCACACACUGGCGCACGGUGAGGUGGUCUGCGCGGUCACCAUCAGCGGCUCCACGCAGCACGUAUACACGGGUGGCAAGGGCUGCGUGAAGGUGUGGGACGUGGGCCAGCCUGGGGCCAAGACACCCGUGGCCCAGCUCGACUGCCUGAACCGAGACAACUACAUUCGCUCCUGCAAGUUGCUGCCAGAUGGCCGGAGUCUGAUCGUGGGCGGUGAGGCCAGCACCUUGUCCAUUUGGGACCUGGCAGCGCCCACUCCCCGUAUCAAGGCCGAGCUGACCUCCUCGGCCCCAGCCUGCUACGCCCUGGCCGUCAGCCCCGACGCCAAGGUUUGCUUCUCCUGCUGCAGCGAUGGCAACAUUGUGGUCUGGGACCUGCAGAACCAGACGAUGGUCAGGCAGUUCCAGGGCCACACGGACGGCGCCAGCUGUAUUGACAUUUCUGAUUAUGGCACUCGGCUCUGGACAGGGGGCCUGGACAACACGGUGCGCUGCUGGGACCUGCGGGAGGGCCGCCAGCUGCAGCAGCACGACUUCAGCUCCCAGAUUUUCUCCCUGGGCCACUGCCCUAACCAGGACUGGCUGGCCGUCGGAAUGGAGAGUAGCAACGUGGAGAUCCUGCAUGUCCGCAAGCCGGAGAAGUACCAGCUGCACCUCCACGAGAGCUGCGUCCUGUCCCUCAAGUUCGCCUCCUGUGGACGGUGGUUUGUGAGCACAGGGAAGGACAACUUGCUCAACGCCUGGAGGACGCCGUACGGGGCCAGCAUUUUCCAGUCUAAGGAAUCGUCCUCUGUCCUGAGCUGUGACAUAUCCAGGAAUAACAAAUACAUCGUGACGGGCUCGGGGGACAAGAAGGCCACCGUGUACGAGGUGGUCUACUGAGACCCUCCCCCCCCCCACGCUCCUGCACCCGAAGUCCAGGCUCCAAGGGGAAGCAGCUCCAGGACAGGCACCCAGCAGGCGUCCGCCCGCCCUGCCUGUGAGCCCGCAGCACCGUCUGCUCUCUGGCCAGCGGGUUCACCCCUGCUGCAUGUGGGGGGCCGCUGGGCAGGGGCCUUGGUGGAAAUAAAUGUAUUUAUGGCAUCCGCA